ACGACUCGUCUGCUAACCUUCAAAUUUAACUACUGUCAGAACUAUGGAAGUUGGAGAAAAAUAUUUAAAUGAGAAAAUGGAAGAGCCAGUAACUGAAGAGAAUUUGCAACAAUUAUGUGAUAAACUGUCUGACGCAGAGAUUGCUGUGAACAAUGAACUGGACCUGAUACUGUCAAGAUAUUGUCAUGUUGAGGCAAAGUUGCAAAACAUAAGUAAAGUUCUUCCAAAUCUUACCAUAAUACGUUCUGAAGCAAACAAGUUGGGGGAUAUGAUAUCUUUCACAAAUAAGCUGGCAGAAAACGUCAGCGCAAAAGUUAGGCGACUCGAUCUUGCACGAAGUAGAGUAUCCGAGUGUCAGAAUCGUGUACAUGAUAUUCUGGAUCUGCAAUUAUGUAGUCAAGGUGUUGAGGCUGCGUUACAAAAUGAAGACUAUGAGCAGGGUGCUGCUCAUGUACACCGUUAUUUGUCAAUGGAUAGACAACUCUUAGAAAGAACCGCCAAUGACGUGACUGGAGAUCACACAAGUAUUACUAGUUCAUUAGUCACCCUGCAGCAGGCUGCUCAGCAGCUGAGAACAGUUAUAACUCACAAAUUUGAUGAGGCGGUAAAAUCUGAAGACUUAGCAUCCGUCGAGAGAUUUUUCAAGAUAUUUCCAUUAUUGGGAAUGCAUACCGAAGGCCUAACAAAAUUUUGUCAUUACUUAUGCACUAAGCUUCAAGAAACUGCGCAGAAAAAUUUGAAAGUUGCACUAGAUGCCAAAAAUUCUGACAAACGAGCAACUGUCAUCUAUGCAGAUACAAUGACCCUGUUGUUUGAAGGAAUCGCCCGAGUGGUUGAGAUCCAUCAGCCAAUUAUAGAAACUUUCUAUGGUCUUGGUAAACUAUUGCCAACAGUUAUCAUUCUGCAAAAAGAAUGCGAUAGGCAGAUAAAGAAAAUUAUCACAGAAUUUAUGAAACAUAGAAAUGUUGCCAAGAAAGUCCAGACAAUAAAUGAACUACUUCGAAAACAGAGUACAGAUAAAAUUGAUCCCAAGGAAUUGGACUUGCUUCUUGGGGAGAUUACUAUAAUGCAUUCCCGUGCUGAAUUAUAUAUCAGGUUUUUAAGGAGGAGAAUCACGAAUGAUUUAGAAGUAGGGAUCGCCGACGAAGUGCAGCGAAAAGAUCAAGUCAAUGAAUUCGAAUCUUACAUUGGCAAAAGCGAGUUAGCUCGAAGCAUGCAAGAAUUAUUAGGCGCGUAUCUUGCACUAGAAAGAUAUUUCCUAGAAGAAAGUGUCUACAAAGCGGUUGGGAUGGACACGUUAGAUCAGGAUCAGCAAACUUCAAGCAUGCUCGAUGAUGUUUUUUUUAUAGUACGCAAAUGCAUAAGACGUGCGAUCUCAAGCUGGAGUGUGGACGGUGUCUGUGCAGUUGUAAAUAUGGCAUGUGGUAUCUUGGAAGGGGAAUUCGCAAGCCGACUAAGAGGUCGAUUACGGCAAGGUUAUCCCGCGGGAUACUUGGACUUAGCGCAAGCCUACAAUGCCCUUCAAACAAGCAUACAACACGGUCGUUUGCAGGCUUCGGAUACCGAGCUUGCACGACUUAUGUUUUUGGCGUAUUUGAAUAACACGGAUGUCAGUAUCGAGUACGUCGAAACUUUGUCUAAAAGUUUAGGCGAGGAAAUUGAGUCAGCAUUUCCGAACAUGCAAGUGAAGGAGAGAAGUAAACUUGAUAGCUGUUUAGCAGGGCUACGUGGAGUUACUUCUACAUUACGUGCAGUUGUCGAUUACGGCUUAGAGCAACUUCGUGCAAGUGCUGUCAAACCUAGAGUUACACCAUGGGUAGAUUUUUUCCUGUCAAUGAACCAUCAUAUAAAUGAGGACGAGUUGUUGGGAUAUGAAACCGAAGAACCAUUUGUACAAACAUUGGUGAUGAACCUCGAAGGCUUAUUGCAAGCCUUCAAAGGUGGGCUUACAACUUCUAAUUAUGAUGCACUCAUCGGAAUCCUCACUGCAGAAGUAACAGCACGUUUGGAGAAAGUCGUCCUCAAGUCCAGUUUCAAUAGGGCAGGAGGACUCGUACUAGAUAAAGAAAUAAGGGCUCUAGCCGGUUAUUUAGCUGCAGCAACAUCGUGGUCUGUAAGAGAUAAAUUUGCUAGGCUGACUCAAAUAGCCACCGUUCUUAGCGUAGAGAAAGUUGAGGAGCUAGCUGAUUAUUGUGGGGCUGAUGCUGUUGCGUGGCGAUUAACACCUGCAGAGGUCCGACGUAUUGCGUCUCUCAGGACUGAUCUGAGGCCUGAAGACAUAAAGAGAUUGAAACUGUAACACUUAUAAUUGUUACCCAAGAUUAUAUUUAUUUACAGAAAAUAAUUCAUAUUAUAUUUAUAAGUCACUCUAUAAUAAAAUAGAACGUAUUGAAAAUUA